AUCGUCGUCAUCGUCGUCAUCGUCAUCGUCACCUACAAGCAUCGAUCUUUAUUUUUUUUUGUUACGACGCUCAACGACAAUGUCUUCGCCUAAAGUCGGUCAUGAAUACCAAUAUUGCCCUGGCCUUUGCCGUCGUCAUGGAGACGGUGGAACCUGAAGAAGACGACUAUUGUGUUGGUGACAGUGCGUUACAGGACAUCAGUCAAGUUUUCAACAAGAAUGUCGACUUCGCUCCAACAGUACGAAAUAAUUGUGGAGGUUCAGAACAACGUUGAUGACAAAUUCAUUUGUCGCCUUAUAAGAUACGCGACAUCAAUCUACAUCAAAUACUCCAAAUGGACCUUAUGCGUGACAAUUGCUGUAACGGAGCCAUCCUUCAGAAUAAAAAGUAAAAUGGACGUAUCAUCGGCGAUUCCCGUUGCCUUGGAAAUAAAGAAUCAAUGCUGGUCGCCAGGUGUAUUCUUUAUAACACCAUCAAGAGUGAAGACAAUUCCAAAGGAGGCUUUCACGCCUCUAACAUCGAUUAGCUAUUUCUUGCAACAGCAAUCACCUACCCCACAGCUUCUUGUUAGCGGCAAAACUCCGUUAUCGACAGAUGCUAUGAACUCUCCUAUCAAUACUUAAAUAUGCACCAAACAACAACAACAGCUGAAUCACCAUCACCGUCAUCGUCAUCACUAACAACCGAAAGAAUAAGAAGAGCAAAUGAUGAUAAUUGCUCAUAUCGUGGUAAAAGGUUGAAGAAAAUUACAAAAAACUUGAGAAAUACUGUAUAGCUACUAUGUGGCAUCCAAGAUCUGACAUUGACAGGUGAUAGCGGACAGUGAUAUGACUUUUCUUUUUUUUUUAUGAAAUUUAUUAUUUACGCCCAAUUUUUUUUAUGCCCUUUUCUUUCCUUUUGUCUUUCUUUCCUUUUAUUUUUUUUUUUAUUCUUAUUUU